AUGGCGCUGAAGUUACUUAAGGAUAUAAAGUACCCCGACUACCCUGAAAUGAUUGAGGUUCGUGUCGUCAACAAAUGGCAUUCGCGAAACAACAGCCAACAAUUCUCAUAUCUCUUUGUUGACAUAACUGGAUAUGCAAUUGAGGCACAGGCUUUUUCGAUUGACGAAACCCAUCUAGAUAAAGUCGUCACCCUAAACCAAUGCUACAGGAUCACAAAGUACACCACCAGAAAAGGCAGAAAGUAUGCGCCUUUAGUGACUAAUGACAAAAUACCCGAUUACUACUUUAACUUUGUCCCUUUCGAGAAACUCAAAGAUCACGAUACUAAAGGAAGCGCUUUGUUAGAUUAUGUUGGGCGUGCAGAAUCCAUAACUGAUAUGAUACCAACCAUAGCGACAAAAACAGGAGACCCCCUUCACUUAAGGCGAGUAAUGAUUAUGGAUGACAGGAGCAGGACAACUGAAGUGACAUUAUGGGAAGAUAAGGGUCGUAAAGUGGAGAAAGCAAUUGCCUUACAUCAAAUCGUUGCCGUCACAGCAGUAUUUGCCUCUGAAUUCCAGCCGGAAAUUGUUCAACUAACAUCGACAGAUGCCACAAAGUUUUUCGUUAAUCCACCAAUACCUAAUCUUGAUCACCUUAAAGAAAGAUUUGCCAAUAUCGCGCAUACACGAGUAGGACCGACACAAAACAUUGUCCCCUUGGCAUCAACGCAAAAGAUUGUUAUUCGCGACUUACCCACAAAAGCCCAGUCUAAGUUCAACCGUGUUCCAUUAUCAUGUGAAGCCACAAUAACAGAUAUCUUUGCCUAUAGAUCAUGGUAUUAUCCCGCCUGUCAAUAUUGCUCACAUGGUGUAAAUCAAGAAAUGAAUAGGCAAGGUGAAAUAUUGUGGCGUUGCCGUACCCAUGCCACUAUGGACAAACCAACAAACUUGUACGCCUUGAACACUCUCAUCACAGAUGAAACAGGUUCAACUGAUGCAAUCUUCUUCAAUCGAGCGGUAGAACAACUAACUAGCAUUUUGUGCCAUGAAUUGGUUACAACUGAAAACUGCAUUGACCCAAAAGUUCUACCACAACAAAUAAGAAAACUUUAUGGACAACGUCAUAUGUUACAGUUGACAGUUAAAACAGAUGGUACCGUUCACGUUAACAACAUACUUGAAGCAAAUGCACCACUCUCACUGAAAUAG